AGCGCUAACAUGAUGACCGGGUUCAGGCUCAACAUGUCGCCGCUGAAGGAGCCGCUGGGCUUCGUCAAACUGGUGGAGUGGCUCACGGCCAUAUUUGCCUUUGGAAGCUGCGGCGGCUUCUCGGGGAAGAACAUCGUGUCCCUGUUCUGCGGCGACGGCAGCAACGAAACGCUCACGGCCAACUUCCACUACCCGUUCAGGUUGAGCCAGUUCCCGCUAGUUGAGGGAAACAACACCAUUUGCAACCGCUCCGUCAUGACCACUCACUUGGUCGGAGACUCCGCGUCCUCGGCUGAGUUCUUCGUGGGCAUCGCCACCGUCUGUUUCCUGUACAGCAUGGUGGCCCUGCUGGUUUAUUUAGGCUACAUGCACGUCUACAAGGACUCUGACUUUGGACCCAUUUUUGACUUUGUCAUCACGGCGAUCCUCGUCUUCCUGUGGCUGGUGUGUUCCUCCGCCUGGGCGAAGGGCCUGCAGAACGUGAAGGACGCCACGGACACUGACGGCAUCAGCGCCACGCUGGCGCUCUGCAAGGGCAGCAACAUCACCUGCGAGGUCACAGACUUCGCCAACCUGCGAACCCUCAACAUCUCUGUGGUGUUUGGUUACCUCAACAUGUUUGUGUGGGCAGGAAACGCCUGGUUCGUGUACAAGGAGACUCGCUGGCACUCUCAGAAAUUCUCUUCCCAGUCUGGACCAGGAAGGCAACAGGUCCCUGCUCCCAUCUAACGCACAGUACCAGACAGGGACGCACAACACACAAAUACUAACGCUCAAAGACACAAUAAUUGACACGCACGCCCACACCAGUCACACACAUUCGAUAUACAUGGGCUAUAUAGGGAAAAAUGUGCACCCAGACAUGAACACACUUACACACAUGCAUAACAUUAUCUGUGAAUGUGAUAAAGACAGACAAAGGAUUUGGUUGGUAAAGGUGCUACAUGUAAGUAUUGUAGUUUAAAACAUUUCGAAAAUAAAGAAAAUGAUCAACUCAUUUUAAAGAAAUAAUAGUUUUGAUGUUAAGUCAAAGACGUCCAAGUAUUUGACUCGAGGGAAAAAAGAUUUACCCAUGGUCCAUCUUCACGUAGAUCAUCAUCACAAGCAAUUAAUAAACACAGACAUACAUAGGAUCCAUAUUUUAAUAUAGCGCCACCUUAAGGGCAAGAAACCACGUUCUGCCGUAUAGAAAAUAAAUGAUAAGAGAUUGAAGUUAUCGGCAAAUUAAGGAUUGAAGUUUGGUGCUGGACUUUUCUUCUAGACUGUUUAGCGAUAUCUAUGUAGCGAUAGUAAACGCUUACAUACAGCAUAUUGAAAUGUCUUCACAUGUGCCUUUGUUUUGACCACAUACUAUAGAAAUACUAAUGCAACAGUGAGAAACGUGCCUUGUUCCAACUAUUCCGAGGCGGUUUCUCAUGCUUUAGGAAGUGAUACGUGCUCAGACGAUGAUCUAUAGCAUUGUUGUUGCUCGUCUUUAUGAAGUGAUGGUUUCUUACUUCUCUGGUUAUUAUACUUGACUACAUACUGUUUAAUGUAAGGUACUUUAAACUCUAAUGUCAUCGCCACAAUAAGGACAAUGUGAUGAAGGUUUUCAGGGUAACACAGAGGCUGGUAAUAUUAAAAUCCUUAUUACCAUUCAACCAUUUAAAAUCAUUGAAAUUCACCCAUUUAUUCAAUAAUUAAAGGCUGUGAAAUUUAGUCAUACACUUGCCUUGGUGUUAAAUCCUGUUGUUUUGCACAUGUUAUAUAUUUUUAGAUACCAAAGCACUUGUGUAUGCAGAGAGUGACUCACUCAUGUUCAUUCAUUCUUUGCUUUUCAUUCAUUGGAGUCCUGUUUGCUACAGCAGUGGUGAUCAGGCAUGAAAAGCCUAACUAGGAUUAUUAAUUUACAAAACGAAUGUACGGAUGAUUUCUAGUACAUUGAUCUGGUGAAUGUAUAAAAGCUUUUAUUCUGAAAUGCUGUUCCUCUGUAAGGUAAAUCAAUACGUUCAAGCAGACUUGUUACAUUUUUAAGCUUUAAGAUGCAUGAAUUGUCCUUCAGUCCAAAUAUUAUAGAGGUUAUUUGAACAUUUAGUGUUUUUCUUUUCACAACAUGUUUAAUGCACUCAAAUGGUGUUUAAUCUGCUUUUAUAUCGCCCUUAGCACAGGGAGAGUGUUAUGUCAUAAGGAAAACUUGACUAAGAGUUAUUUAGUUCACAUGUCACUGUGUUUAUGUGAUAAGUUAGACAAUUUUAAAAUCCUGUGACGGCUUUGUUGUGUUAAGUGUGCACCUCGAUGUUGGUUGCCAUCCGCCAAAAACAACAACAAAGAAGUUUGUUAAUUCUUUUCUUCUAUGUUGAAUGUUGUCGUGACUUCCUCCUGCUUUUUUAUUCUAGUUCAUCCGUCUUUUCUUUUUUACAAAGUAACAUUUCCUUUUUUGUUGAUGUUAAAUCGAUCACGUCUUAUUUUUUUGAUUGUCUAGUUUCUUCAAAUCUGUCAGGAAACACGAGCAGUGAGCUUGUAUUCCGUUUUUUACACCUUUAUUUUUCAUACGUAGAUGGUUAGAAUGAGUCGUUUAUAUUUUAUUUUAUGAUCUGUUUCCUGUGUAGUGAAACUGUACGUUGGACGGUGUCACUGAUUCUCUGAAGGAUAAACGUAAAUGUGACAGUGUGUAAAUGUGUGUAAAUGUGUGUGUGUGUGUGGUGUACUGGUUAUGCUGCUGCACUCUUGUAAUCAUCACUCAACACGCUCUUAGCUUUGUCAAUGAUUCCAAUGACUUUAAAGGAGACCUCUUGUGCUCGUCAUGCUCUCAAACCGGGGACACCGGGACACUUUAGCUUGGUUGUACUCAGUGGAGUGUUUAGAUUUUUUCCGGUAGCACCAAAAAACAAACCUUAACUCUCAUUACAAACGCUGCCCGCUCCUCCUCCCUCCUCUCGGCCCAGCCUUAUGACCCGCGUUGUGAUGUAGACGCACCCUCCGUGUUUACUGUGGGAGAGAAGAGCCUCCUCUGCUGCGGACUGUGGGAUCUGGAGCCGUGCAUGUCGUAUACAAUCACUAAAAAACAAUGCAACUCACUAGAGGAAUGGGGAAGACUGAGAAAGCAUAAUAGGUCUCCUUUAAACUUUCAUAUCCAAGAGACACAUACACUCUGUGACAUGACCAAUUUCAAUGUACAUGUUUUUUUCAAUAAAAAAGUAUGAUUUUU